AUGGCAACAAAAGCAGAAAUUAGUCCCGAAAUCAUACCAACCAUCAGGCCAGAACUUGACGAGUUCAUAGAAGGGGCAGUUAAUAUUACUAACACAUUAUCAUCUUUCGUCCCAAUACUUGGCACCGUCACCUCCUUAAUAAAUGAUAUAUUUACUAUCCACGAGAAUGCACAAUCCAAUAAGAAAAUGUCUAGAUCUAUAAUUAACCGUAUUGCAUCCGUUGAACCGAUCAUAAAAUUUUUGAAAUCACCGUCUGAAUAUAGUGAAAAUUUUCAAAACUUGCAAUGUCAAGAACUCGAUCCAACAACUCGAUCCAACUUUGCUAAAGGAUCCGUUACUUAA